AUGACAAGUCCAACCCACCGGCACAGUUUGAUAGCGUCGCUGUCCCAUGCCAUAACAAGUCCAACCCAACGUCACAGUUUGAUAGCACCGCUGUCCCGUAUUCUACCUGAACGUGUACUCAAAAGAAUACCCGAACAACGAACGCAACGUAUGCACUAUAAAAACACCAACAAUCUGAAAGUGGCCUUCAGUGAAUUAUAUUUGAUGCUCGUUCUAUUACAAAAUUAUCAAGUACUCAAUUUUACUGGCUUUCGUAAAAUAUUGAAAAAACAUGAUAAAUUAUUUCAAACGACCCGCGGUGAAGAAUGGCGGUAG